UGCAGUUGUGCAAAUUCCCCGAUCUUUUAAUAAUCUGGAUAUAUUUUGGUCCGUUGUAUGUAAAUCAAAAGUAUUUGAAGAUCGAAUAAUCUGCUCCGCGCCCGGCUCGGGUCCUCUCGACAACCAGCACUGUCUUGUAAUGUUUACUUCUUUCGUGCUUCGGCGUGUCCUCUCGAGCGCUUGUGUAGCGGACUGAUGUAGUGUCUGUUUGCUCAAUUAUUUGACACAAACAGUUCAUAGGUUGGGUAGCUUUAUUCAUACGCUUUAUUCACACGAAGGAUGUCCAUCGUGCACAAUCGAUGAAAAUACUCGAUGUGAAUACACCCAGGUUAGUUGCAUCCAUAGUCGAGAACGAAGUGCGAGCAAGAUCCUCGUUCAUGAUGGCGAUGUUUCGCAGUUUUGUGUCGGCUACUCAUCAGCUCAGGCAGCAUCAACAAAACGGGGCAGCCGCGGCUGCCACUGGCGAGAGUCUCGAGAGCCAGUUCUCCUGCCCAAUUUGCCUGGAGGUGUAUCAUAAACCUGUCACCAUUGGAAGAUGUGCCCACACGUUCUGUGGGGAGUGUCUGCAGCCUUGUCUCCAGGUCACCUCUCCCCUCUGCCCUCUGUGCCGCAUGCCUUUUGACCCAAAGAAGGUGGACAAGUCCUCCAGUGUGGAGAAACAGCUGUCCAACUACAAGGCCCCCUGUCGGGGCUGCAGCAAGAAGGUGUCUCUGGUCAAAAUGAGGUCACACAUCUCCUCUUGCACAAAGGUCCAGGAACAGAUGGCCAACUGCCCAAAGUUUGUGCCUGUGGUCCCCACUUCACAGCCCAUUCCCAGCAAUGUUCCAAACCGUUCCACCUUUUCAUGCCCGUUCUGUGGAGCCCGCAAUCUGGACCAACAGGAGCUGGUCAAACACUGUAUGGAGAACCACCGCAACGAUCCCAACAAAGUGGUGUGUCCUGUAUGUUCAGCCAUGCCCUGGGGGGACCCCAGCUACAAGAGCUCCAACUUCCUCCAGCACCUCCUCCACCGGCACAAGUUCUCCUACGACACGUUUGUGGACUACAGCAUUGACGAGGAGUCAUCACUGCAGGCAGCCAUGGCCCUGUCCUGUCAAAUCAAAUGUUAAAGUGAGUGACUGUCUGACUCUGUGUUUACAGGACUACAGUAUCGAUGAAGAGGCGGCACUACAGGCAGCCCUGGCUCUCUCCAUGGCAGAGAACUGAGAGUCCUCUGAGUCCCCCAUUCUGCUGUCUGGGGACUCACUUCCAUCCCGACACCCCACUAGCUCUCUUCCUUUUUCUGGAUCCACCCCAUAUCCAGCCCCCUCCACUGUCUCCUCACAGGGAACGUUUGGAAGGACCUGGCCAAGACCCCCACUCUGGGAGAGCUACAGAGAGAUUAUCUCCUAACCCUGUCCCUGAUCCUCUGCCUGGCCCUGGCCAAGACCCCCACUCUGGGAGAGAUUAUCUCCUAACCCUGUCCCUGAUCCUCUGCCUGGCCCUGGCCAAGACCCCACUCUGGGAGAGCUACAGAGAGAUUAUCUCCUAACCCUGUCCCUGAUCCUCUGCCUGGCCCUGGCCAAGACCCCCACUCUGGGAGAGAUUAUCUCCUAACCCUGUCCCUGAUCCUCUGCCUGGCCCUGGCCAAGACCCCCACUCUGGGAGAGCUACAGAGAGAUUAUCUCCUAACCCUGUCCCUGAUCCUCUGCCUGGCCCUGGCCAAGACCCCCACUCUGGGAGAGAUUAUCUCCUAACCCUGUCCCUGAUCCUCUGCCUGGCCCUGGCCAAGACCCCCACUCUGGGAGAGCUACAGAGAGAUUAUCUCCUAACCCUGUCCCUGAUCCUCUGCCUGGCCCUUCAUCCACUCUGCUCACCUGCUUAACUCGUCCCAUUACAUCAUACUCUCAGCCGGCAGCAGCCCCUUCACUUCCUGUAUACUGGGGAGGAGGGGAGCUUGGCCUCCCAAUAAAUGUUGCAAUUUAAAACCACUGCAAUGUAAACCAGUGAGUACAGCAUGGACAUUGUUGUUAUUCUGCAGUAAGUAUGAAGGUUCCCAAAAGUAAUGAUUUAAGGUAUUUUCUUUUACUCUUUGUUUUUCACUGUUCAAAUGAAACUUUUUCAAACUCCAGGAAAAUGCCAUCACUUGACACACGUUCUGGUAAAAGUACCACAGAUUAGUUCUGUUCAAGUUUAUUCUCAAGUUUGAUGGCUUUUUGAUUGAGGGACUACAGUUGAAUGGCUUGACCCCAUUCUCAGUGUGAUAAUCUUACCGCUGGGUGACAGUCUAGACAUGACCAGUUGAACACAGAGAGUGAGGACAUUCUUACAUCCCCAUCACGACAACAACACACCCUUAACAUUUGCAACGCGAAUCAAAACAAACUCUCAAACUAUCCCCUUUUGUAUUCAGAGUUCGUGUGAAUACUUGCACUUGUCACAUUUUUCUACAUAAUUGAACUAUAGAUUGUUCUUAUUUCACAGUUGAGAAACAGAAUUGUAGUACUCCAUUCAUUCUUCACUCUGCUGAUAUUUUUAUGAAGCACCAGACAAGAUAAAAAAUAUAUUUUUGGAAAAUGUCCCAGUUUCAAAUGGUGUACUAACAAUAAGAAACGUGUUUAUUGGAAAUGUGUUCAUUGUUUUACCACCUUUUUCUAAGUACCGUUGGGACUGUACUGCUGGCAUCAGUUGUUAGCAGGAGCUUAGAGCCCAUGUGUAAUACGCUCUCAAACACAAGAGGGCGCCCCAGUCUCAAAAUAGACCUGGCAAUAGUCAUUCAAAGCCAUCCAUCCAUGUUCUUCAGUCAGUGUUACUCCAAGUCAUCAUGUUUAUACCCAUUCACAGUAUUGUGAAGAAUGCCCAUGUGUUGCCUAAAUAUAUGACCUGUUUGGUUUAGUGCCCACUAGGAGAAGUGCAAUAUUAUGACGUGAGUACUGUUGGAUAAGUCUAUCCUUGUGGUUGAGUUGGAUGCUGUCCCAUAAGAGUCCAGUUUUAUGUUAAUUAUUGUCUUGAACACCAAUGUUCCUAGGCCAUUUACCUUUCAGGAUCCGCACUGCUCCAAUCUCAGUGGGGUCUCCCCAAAACCCAUUGGUCAUCAGAGCUGUGAAAAUCUGUUUGUAACAGGCCUGGAAUGUGUACGGCAUAUUGAAUCAUUAUGUUCCAAUGGUUUGUUAAAGACGUCCACUUUCUGAUAGCGCAGUAAUUAUUCAAGUUGGAUUGAAGCAGAACUGUUCAGAACAGCUGCAUAUUCAAUCUUAUGAGAUCAAUUUCUCUAACGGCACAAUGCUUCAAAGGGAUACAAUUAUAAAAGUACGUUGCCCCGAAGUAAAUGUCCAAUUAUAUGUUUGAGUAGUAGUGUACCCGUUGAGCUAGCAUUGAUCUAUGGAGGUUUAAGAGAAUGCUUAGGUUCACUCUGAUGAAGGAUGCAUUAUGGGAAACUGGUUUGAUUGUUCUUUAUAUAGCAAGCAAUGGAGGAAGAUAUUGUGUAUUGUGAUUAGUUGUUACUAGACUGACUAGUAGAAGUAUAAUGGUCUGUCCAUUUGUGUUUUUCCUUGCUUCCGAAGGGAAUUGUACAUACGGUAGAGAAUGCAACAUUUAGGUUUACGUCUAACGUUUCACAAGUUAUAUCUUUUUCCCAGAGCAAUGCAUUGAAAUAUUGCACUUUAAUUCCGAAAUAUAUUUUGACGGGUAGGAAUUUUGUGUCAUUUAUUUUCUCUUUUACUUUAAUUCGUUCCAAUGUGUCCCAUUUCAUGGUGGAUGAUAAUGUAAGUUGUGGCUGUUUUUGUGUAAGAGCAGAGGGAAGGUUAAGUAUGAUCUCAGUCAUAACAUGUUGUUUUGGAGUACUGGGCUGGUAUAAAAUGUAUUUGUCUGUUGUGUCAUUUAAUAUUUUAUAGAUGGGUAUAGAUUGCAAAAUCAACUGAGAAAAAACCAUCCCAGAUGCACAAUAUUGUGGCAAAUCAAAAUGGACUCUCGGCUUAGUCGGAAGUGUUCCUGGAGAUAAUGCAUCCUUAUUUGAAAGACAUCGACAUGUUAUAUUUUCGUUGUUUUAAAUGUAAUGUACCGGUUGGUGGCACAGUAUUGACAGCUGUAGCCAUUGGAGAAAAACUGUCGUCACCAUGAGAAGUCCUGAGUUUCUUCUGGGGCACCAAGGAAUUGUCACGCAUCUUUAAUGUAAUCAUUUACUCAGCCUUUUUUACUUCCUAAUAAUGAUGCUAUUUUAGAAAUGUAAGUUAAAAGGUAUUGUGUGUUUAGAUCAGUGUUCACGUGCACAGCUGUAGCCUAAUGUAGAUUUUCUAUGGAGUUUACCUGAAAUGUAUACUUUUCACUCUUUGUGUACUGUUGCAUCCAUGCAUAAUGCCACUGUACUGUGCAUCAUCAUCCCAAAUGUCCUGCUUGUGGUCAAAACCAGCCCAAUCUCUGUCAAAUAAACUCAAUGUUGCAGGUCACACACUGAUAGACCACCUGCAACAAAGACAUACACCAAAAACCCCAAAAACAGGACGUUGAAAUUGAAAGGGUCAUUUGUUGGGUCAUUUUUGUCAAGAGGGCCUUACUGAGACUGUCUGUUCUAAUCUUGGUAAGGCUGACAGGAAAUAGACUGCCAUAUAGACCCGUAUCACAGCAAUCAGAGAAGACAGAGCCUGUGUCUCUGACUGUGUGUGUGUCCCCCCCCCCCCCCCCCCCAGGACUUGGCUGCCCUGAGAGUGUAUGUAAUGUCACUCAGUAUAGGCACAGGCUGAUGUUGUCCUCCCCAGGAGGGUCUGCGCUACAGUCACUUGAAGCAGGACGUUUCCUUCAGGGCCACUCUACCCUAAAGACCCAGCCUGGGGUUUUGGCCCUACUGUCAGGGCCUGUGUGUGUUAAAUGUGAUUUAUGCAUUCUUGAAAAAAAGUAAUAAUACCAGUAAUAACAAUGUGGAUAUUCAAGUUAUAACACUGUUUGAAGUUUAAUAAGAUAUUGUAUUUGUAGCAGAUUUUUCUUUCCCUCAAUAAAAACACUGACCCAUCCCA